AUGGCUUCGUGCGACCGGCCUGACAACAUAGAGGCUUUCCUCCGUUACAUCCGCAACCAGAAUGCCUCAAUUGCGGAGAAGACUGCAGCUGACAAGGCGCCUGCCGCUGACCCGAGAGAUCCUGCUUCAACAGCAGACGCUCAGCAGAAAACUGACGUUUUGAGCCCUCAGAAAGCUGCUCACGCUGGUGCCGAGACUGUAGCUCCUGAUUCACCUUCAAUCCUCAAUGUGCUCGCUCCAAAGAGUACCAACGUUGCCCCAUCCACGAAGCCGCCUGUCCCCCGUCUGACACCGACUCAAGAGAAGUUGUUGCAGAAACAAGCCCAGCUUGCGGGAUCGCAGCAUGAGGAAGAAUUCAGCAUGCUACAGCUGGCUGUCGGGUACAUGGAUAGGGUGGUGGAGGAACAUCGUAGGUCAAGAGACGCUAUGUUUGCUCUGGACCCUGCCGGGCAAGCUGUCUCAGUGACCACCUCUGAAUGCGGAUCUCACGAGGAAUCUGGUGUCGGUAAUCACCCAGACGACUAUGAAGCUUUGAGCACCGGGUCCCUUGGCCAGAGCAACUUUGCCAACGUUGCCCCGUCCGUCCCUUCUGUCAAGGAGAAUUCUAGUGAGUGUGAGGCUCUGGCAUCGCCAGAUCGAGUCAUGCAGACUGCCACUGUCGAGGAACCGAUUCCUAGUGUCUGUAACUCUUCUUUGAAGCUCGGCUCGCAAGAAGCGGUGAAUCGCGUGACCGAAAGCGUCGGCUCUCCCAACGAACAAGGCGCACCUGAGAAGGCCACGAGGGAGGAUGAAGGAGAUCGUGAGAACCUCACCCAUUUCACAACCUGGGGCUUACCAGCCAAGCGUGAUCGACCCGAAUCCCGUGUCCGCACCGUCAUCCUCGCCGGCCUGCCGGGUACCGCCGACUACACUUCCGUACAGUCGCUGAUCCAUGGUGGUGCAAUCGAAGACAUGAAGAUCACUCCGGCAAAGGUUGCCAAUGGCAAGGCUAUUGCUUUCGUCACGUUCACUGCCGCCGACGCUUGUGACGAGUACUGUGCCAAGUAUCCUAACGGUAUUGGGGUUCGCUACAAGGGCAAGAGAUGCACUGUCUUUGUCGCCAAGCGCAGAGAUGUCGAUGUGAUGAGUGGCAUGAUGCGAGGAUAUCUCGACUGUGGAGCUUCUCGGGUUGUGAAAGCGACAGGAGCAGAUGAUGAUUGGGGAAUCAUCGCCUUGAACAAGCUUGCCCAAGGAAAGAACAAGACUCGUCAAGUUGAGGCUGUGACUGACAGUCUUCGCACUGGGGUCCGCACCAUUCUGUUCCGCUUCACCAAUAUCUCGGACGCAGUCAAAUUCAAGGCCGAGCUCAUUCGCGACUACGAUUGGGAGGGUUGCCGCAUCGAUUUUGCGGAAGAUCCUUGCCAGAAGGCAACCGGGGUUCGCUCCGAUUGA